GAUGGUUUCACUCCUCUUGCCGUAGCUCUCCAGCAAGGUCACAGCGAGGUCGUGGAGGUUUUACUGGAGAAUGACACACGGGGCAAGGUAAAACUGCCAGCACUUCACAUUGCUGCCAAGAAAGAUGACACAAAAGCGGCAGCUCUUUUGCUACAAAAUGACCACAAUGUAGAUGGCGUUUCGAAGAGUGGUUUCACUCCCCUCCACAUCGCUGCUCACUAUGGGAAUACCAACGUAGGCACCCUCCUCAUCCAGAAAGGCGCAGACUUGAACUUCAAAGCAAGGAAUGGCAUAGCCCCCCUCCAUGUGUCAGCCAAAUGGGGCAGGCUGCACAUGGUGACACUGCUGCUGGACAGUGGAGCAGACGUAGAGGCCAGAACUAAAGAUGGACUCACUCCACUCCAUUGCUCAGCCAGAAGUGGACAUGAUCAAGUCACUGACUUGCUGUUGGAGAGAGGAGCACCUUACUCUGCCAAGACAAAGAAUGGAUUGACUCCACUCCACAUGGCUGCCCAGGGAGACCAUGUGGACUGCGCCAGACUGUUGCUGUACCACAAAGCACCCGUUGAUGAUGUCACCGUUGACUACCUGACACCUCUCCAUGUAGCUGCUCACUGCGGGAAUGUGAAAACCGCCAAACUGUUGCUGGAUAGAAAAGCGGAACCCAACUCCAGAGCACUGAAUGGUUUCACCCCUCUGCACAUAGCAUGCAAGAAGAACAGAAUCAAAGUUGUAGAGCUUCUGUUGAAAUAUGGGGCCACCAUAGAAGCUACAACAGAGUCUGGCCUCACUCCCCUCCAUGUUGCCUCCUUCAUGGGGCACAUGAACAUCGUGAUCUACUUGAUCCAACAAGGUGCAAAUCCAGACUUCCCAACCGUACGUGGCGAGACACCUCUCCAUCUUGCUGCACGUGCCAACCAGACCGACAUUAUUCGAAUACUUCUUCGUAAUGGCGCACACGUGGAUGCAAAAGCAAGAGAACAACAAACUCCCUUGCACAUUGCGGCCCGCCUGGGAAAUGUGGACAUUGUUGUGUUGCUGCUCCAACAUGGCGCCUCCCCUGACGCUGUCACUAAGGACCUGUACACACCGCUGCACAUCGCAGCUAAGGAAGGUCAGGAAGAGGUGGCCUCUGUGCUGCUAGAACAUGGGGCACAGCUGGACGUACAGACUAAGAAAGGAUUCACACCCCUGCAUAUCGCAGCUAAGUAUGGAAACAUCAAGGUAGCCCGCCUCUUGCUGCAGAGAGAAGCUAACCCAGAUAUUCAGGGCAAGAAUGGCCUGACCCCCCUCCAUGUGGCAGCUCACUACAACAAUGUCAAUGUAGCCCUUCUGCUGUUGGAGAAUGGAGCCUCUCCUCAUGCAACAGCCAAGAACGGCUAUACUCCCCUUCACAUUGCUGCUAAGAAGAACCAGAUGGACAUUGCAACCACUCUCCUGGAAUAUGGUGCUAACCCCAACGCAGAGUCCAAGAGUGGGUUCACCCCAAUCCAUCUGGCCUCCCAGGAAGGCCACACUGAGAUGGUUGAACUUCUCACGGGGCGCGGGGGGGACCCCAAUGAUGCGUCCAAAGUAAGUAACUAACUAAUAACGUUUCAAGCUGGGUUUUUCUCCUAUCUUCCCCCCUCCUUUCUGUGGGAGCAUGAAGUGGAGAAACCUCGUUGUUAUUGCCAUUACUAACAAGUUCUUGUUUGCCUAAUGCACAAACACUGCUUUCAGAGUGGGUUUACUCCCGUCCACAUAGCGGUGCAAGAAGGACACUCUGACAUGGUGUCCUUGCUAUUGUUUCACAAUGCAGAUCCCAAUCA